AUGGGUUACAUGACGAUUUCGCCCCUUGCAUGCGUCGUCGUCGUCGUCGUCGUCUGUGCUCUUGUUUUGGUGUCAAGAACGAGUCCCGCACUCUGCUACGUCCCUCACGGCGCGGCAGGGCAGAGCACCGGCGCCCUGCACCAUGGCGCCGCCCGAACUUACAUCGUGCUCGUCGAGCCUCCACCUGCGCACCCGCAUCAGGACGAGGCAACGCACCGCCGGUGGCACGGGUCGUUCCUGACGGGCUUGAGCGCCGGUGGCUCGCGGCGCGUUCGCCACUCGUACACGAGCGUGCUGUCCGGCUUCGCCGCUAGGCUGACGGGCGAAGAGCUCGCGGCCGUGUCGAGGAAGCCGGGGUUCGUGCGUGCGUUCCCGGAGCGGAAGGUGCAGCUCAUGACGACCCACACGCCGGCGUUCCUCGGUCUGACGCCCGACCGCGGCGUCUGGAACGCGACCAGCUACGGAGAGGGCGCGAUCAUUGGGUUGCUCGACACCGGCAUCGACGAGAAGCAUCCUUCGUUCCGCGACGAGGGCAUGCCGCGGCCGCCAGGCAAGUGGAAGGGCGCCUGCCAGCCUCCUGUACGAUGCAACAACAAGCUCAUCGGUGCAGCGUCGUUUGUCGGCGAUAACACCACCGUCGACGAUGUCGGGCACGGGACGCACACGGCGGGAACAGCAGCCGGGAGGUUCGUGCAAGGAGUUUCUGCCUUCGGCCUUGGCACGGGUACCGCGGCGGGGAUGGCACCCGGCUCGCACCUCGCCGUGUACAAGGUCUGCGACGCCCAAGGGUGCUUUGAAUCCGACCUAUUGGCAGGGAUGGACGCCGCCGUGAAGGACGGUGUCGACGUCCUCUCGCUCUCCCUCGGUGGCCUCUCCACACCGUUGGACAAGGAUCCGAUCGCCAUCGGCGCGUUCGCGGCGGUGUCCAAGGGCGUCGUCGUCGUGUGCGCCGGUGGCAACAGCGGCCCAAUGCCCUCCACGCUGUCAAACGAGGCGCCGUGGAUAUUUACCGUAGGGGCUGGGUCGGUGGACCGGAGCUUCCGUUCCACCGUGCGGCUCGGCGACGGCCAGACGUUCGAAGGCGAGUCACUCACUCAGGACAAGCGCUUCAGCUCCAAGGUGUAUCCCCUGUACUACUCUCAGGGCACCAACUAUUGCGACUUCUUCGACGUCAACAUCACAGGCACGGUGGUCGUGUGUGACACCGAGACACCGGUGCCACCCAUGAGCUCAAUCGAAGCGGUCCGGGAAGCUGGCGGCGCCGGCGUCGUGUUCAUCAAUGAACCCGAUUUCGGAUACACCCUCGUCCUGGAGAAGUACUACAACCUCCCCAUGUCGCAGGUGACCGCGGCCGACGGCACCAAGAUAAUGGGCUACGCCAUGAAGGGAUCCUCAACAACCAACCAUACCGCAACUAUCGUGUUCAACAGCACAAUCGUUGGCGUGAAGCCGGCGCCAAUCGUCGCAGCCUUCUCGUCGCGCGGUCCCAGCAUUGCCUGCCCCGGCGUGCCGAAGCCUGACAUCCUGGCGCCGGGGCUCAACAUCCUCGCCGCGUGGCCAUCGCUGGUGCCCGUUGAGGGGCCCGAGUCCUACAACUUCAACGUCAUCUCCGGCACGUCCAUGGCGACGCCGCACGUCACCGGCAUCGUGGCGCUCGUCAAGAAGUUGCAUCCGGACUGGUCGCCUGCAGCGAUCAAGUCCGCCAUCAUGACGACCUCCAGCCCCGUCGACAACGACGGCCAUCCAAUCAUGGACGAGGAGCACCGGAAGGCGAGCUUCUACUCGGUCGGCACCGGCCACGUGGCCCCGGCAAAGGCCAUUGACCCCGGCCUGGUCUAUGACCUCGGCGUCCGCGACUACGCUGGCUACGUCUGCGCGCAACUCGGCGAGGCGGCCCUGAAAGCCAUAGCCGGGAACACCAACUUGACCUGCACAGAUGUCGCGCCCAUCCCCGAGGCACAGCUGAACUACCCGGCGAUCCUGGUGCCGUUGCGCGCAGAGCCAUUUACCGUGAGCCGCACGGUGACGAACGUUGGGCCGGCGAAAUCGAAGUACACAGCGAAGAUCGACGCGCCGAAAGGGCUGACGGCAAAGGUGGAGCCUGCGGAGCUGGAGUUCACGAAGGUGACGGAGAGGAAGACGUUCACGGUCACCGUGAGCGGCAACGCCGCCGGGCAGAAGCUCGCCGAGGGGAGCCUGAGCUGGGUGUCGCAUGAUCACGUCGUGCGUAGCCCGAUCGUGGCCGACUCCAGCAUUGCCCCGAGUUGA